AGUUGAAAAGUCCCCAUUUGCGAAGGAGGCCAAGAUUCGUCCAUCGUCGCCGUCGUGCUGGUGUGUUUGAUAUCGAAUAUCGCUGCUGAAAUUCUUCGCUAAAACCCAGACCCGUAGAAAUAUUGUGGAAACUGCGACGAUAUUGUUGCUUGUCUCACAGUUUUUGUAGUUUCGUAGAGCAUCGCAUCUUCGACAAACUAGAAAUUUCACCCAGCGACGGCACGACGCGACUAGUGACACUCGGUGGUUUGCUUGUACCAAGAAAAACGCAACAGUACUAAAGAUGGGAAAUGAAACGUCGCUGCCAAUGGAGCUUUGCUCAAACUUCGAUGCCGAUGAGAUUCGCCGGCUCGGAAAGCGAUUUAAGAAGCUCGAUCUCGACAACUCGGGAGCCCUAAGCAUCGACGAGUUCAUGUCCUUGCCGGAGCUGCAACAAAACCCACUUGUGCAACGUGUAAUCGAUAUCUUCGACGCAGACGGUAACGGCGAGGUCGACUUUAAGGAGUUCAUUCAAGGCGUAUCACAGUUCAGCGUUAAGGGUGAUAAGUUGUCGAAACUAAAGUUUGCCUUCCGAAUAUACGAUAUGGACAACGAUGGUUUCAUCUCGAAUGGCGAACUAUUUCAGGUACUGAAAAUGAUGGUCGGAAACAAUUUGAAGGACACCCAGUUGCAGCAGAUCGUGGAUAAGACGAUCGUGUUCGCGGACAAGGAUGAAGAUGGUCGAAUUUCGUUUGACGAGUUCUGCUCAGUCGUCGGCAACACGGAUAUUCACAAAAAGAUGGUUGUCGAUGUUUAAGCCGGCUCCCGAGGUCCCGAUCGUUUUGCUGCCCUCUGUCCCUACCGGCAAACCACAUAUUACCAUUGACGGUGGUGUGUGUGUUUGUAUGAAAAGGACACAAACUACAAACUAGCUAUUCUACAUGCCCCCCACUGGAGGUACGCCGUUUUGUAUGUCGACUAUGCGUGAAAGUGCGUCGUUCUCAUUGUUGCUAUUACCUGUACCAGCGAUUCCGUGGUCGAUAACAGAGUAGGGAGAUAACUGUGCUGAGGUGUGCUGUUGGAUAUUUUCUACACCACUACCCUGCUUCCAUUCAAUAUCACCUGCUGCGUGUGAUAGGACUUAUAUCUGGCCCCACGGCUGUCAAUAGUGGGCAGUCGAAAAGUACAACCGAGCGACGCUCUGUAUAUUUGUUUGCAGUCAACGCAAGAAUCGUCGUUUUAUGCGGUACAUGGUUCUUAUUAGGGUCUGUUUUCGAAACCAUUUGAUUUGUUCCUCUUUUUUGCCAUCGCGUCCUUGUUUUGUUCGUACAUGUUUAAGAAUGGGGCUGAUGUUUUAUCGGCUUCCCCUUUUUAUUGUUAAUGUCUCGUGCGGGAGGUUGCGGUAAAAACUGUGUUGGUAAAAUGAUGGUAAUCGAAAGGACGACACUUGUAUGCAUAGCAUUCAGUUGUUCAGUGUUUCGUUUUGUUUUAAUAAACUAUAUUUACGUAUGUAAGUCAAUGUAGUUAAGUAACGGAAAUAGUCAAGACCAGUAAAAUUAUUAAAACUACAACUGCGAAAAUUGUGUUGAAGGCGCCAGCGAAGAUGAAACAGUAUGGAAUGAAACAACUUCUAAGUUAGUUACUUUCUAGGUUUCGCUCACAAAUUCGAACACUGCUGUAGCAUACGUGUGGUGGUCGAUUGAUCGAUUGGAGUGGUCGAUUGUUUAUUUUUCUUUGUUACUUUCCCACAUACCGCAUGCUUUCUUUACACAUCAAUAGCAAAAUGUAAAUUACCCGGUUACGGUCUGUUCAAUUGCAAAAGUAAAACCGACUUCUUUCAGUUUCCGA